AUGAUAUCUAGUUUAAAGAUUCCUAUAGAUUCUAGAAUUGCCAGUAAGUUCAAGAUGUUGAAAACAAAGUCACUGGAGGUUUUGGGGAACUCCAGGGCCGCUGGUCAGUCUAGAUUACACGAUAUGAAUGAUCGAGCAAUGGGAUUUACAAAUUUAGGCAGUAAUGUGAAUCCAAUAGUUGAUCAGGUUAAUUCUAUUGAAAGUAUUGAUGGUUUGACAGCAGCUAGUACUUCUUUACAGACGGCAAUAGCAUCGGCUGAUGCAGAACCAAUAGAAUCGGUACCACUUUCCGAUUAUGAAUUUCAUUCAUCUCAUAGUUUCAUCCAGGAAUACUUGAAAUCCUUACCUUCUGGUGGUGACGAUACGUUGAAAACUUCGAUAAAAAAUUAUGGGGAUUCACUUAAUUCCGGAAAUCUCCGUUCUUUCACAGAAAAAGUCAUCCAGGAGAAUAAAGAAGAUAAGGAUUUCGAAGAUUGGAGCUUCCAAAGGUUCACCCAUCAAUCUAAGGCCCCUGAGGUUUCAAUAGACUUCCGUAGUUUUCAAGAAUACUUACUUAAUCAAGGAUUCAAGCCUCAACAGCUUGAAUUCUUGGAUGGAGAAUUAACUAAUGAGGAAAUAGAACUCAAAUUGAACGAGAUAAUGGACCAGAAUAGACGAGAGCAAAGAAUCAAGAUCAUCGGAGAGAACCUUUCCAUGAGAUUAUCUCCUCCAUUCAUGGCUCUUGUUUUAUUGAUGAUUAUUUAA